AUGGAGAAACAACCACCCUCCCGCCAACCGUCGCGAUAUCGCUCUACACGCAAAGGCACGCGCCCUGCAACAGACAAAGUAUGCGCCCCAACAAACCGCCAACCUGAGCCUUCAAGCGCACCGCCAGAGGACUCAACCCCGCAAAUCUCAAGGAGUAUGUCUCGAUACCGACGCUAUCGACGCGAAAUUGCGGACGAUGAGAAAAUGCCGGCAAAAACACCGAGUGUCUCAAGUUGCGCACGUGCUCCACCUGCGGCUCCCCUCCCAGACAAAGCGAAAGUGCACCACACGGUAGAGGAGGAACAAAUGAGAGAGAAACACAGACUGGAUACAAUGGCGCAGUUGACAGGAGGAUCGCAUGAAGUGAAAGCGCAUAAGAGUUCUUCGCAUGUAGCCGCACAACCUGCGCAACAUGAAUAUGUGGAUGACGGCUCGAGACUACCAAUGCGAGCCCGACGGCCCGAAACAAACAAUUCUGACAAAGAACAUCGUCCUUCUUCAAAUCCUUCGACAAAUUCGAGUGGGCGCAAGUCAUUUCUCCAAAAAGUCAAGCUGUCCAAAAGCAAAGGAUGCGCCGAAAAAGAGUUAUCGGGGCCAAGAUAUAUUGGAGUGGGAGGAGGUGGAAUUGUACCGGGAACAGAUGCACCAAUCUCAGCUGUUAAUGCUGGAGAGCGGAUGGUCAGGGUGCAGUACAGUGAUAACUGCAUUUCGCUGCCGGUCACCCCAUCAACCUUGGUUUCCGACCUACUUUUGUCUGCCUCUGAAAAGCUUUCCCCGGAUAUUGAUGCGGAGCAGUUUAUCAUGCUCGAGUCAUUCCAGCAAGUAGGAUUGCAGCGGCCUUUGCGUAGAUAUGAGCACAUCCGCGAAGUGAUGAACUCUUGGGCUCAUGAUAGCGACAACCGUCUCAUCGUCAUUCCUCCUUCCAGUAUUGAUAUCUUGGAUCAAGUGGAUGCUCAGCGAGUUCCUAUCGAGAAGCCAGUCGAGACCACAGUCUACCUCUACUACUCGCAACGACGUCGCAAAUGGGACAAGCGCUACGUAACCCUACGAGCAGAUGGGCAGAUCGUGGUUUCCAAGAAGGAAAACUCGAAAGAUUGCACCAAUAUUUGUCAUUUGUCCGACUUCGAUAUUUACUCUCCGACUGCUCGAGCAAUUGCGAAAGAUGUGAAACCACCAAAGAAGAUAUGCUUCGCGAUCAAAAGCUUAGAAAAGUCUUCCAUGUUUCUGUCCACCGAGAACUUUGUGCACUUCUUCAGCACCAAUGACAGGGCUACUGCCGAUCAGUGGUACCGCUCUGUCCAACAAUGGCGGAGCUGGUAUCUGGUAAACACGCUGGGUGCUGUGAAGCCUGCUGAGACUGAAAAGAAUAUCCCAAAGCGGACUUUGACGAAUAAGAGCGUGCGAAGGAUGUCGAUGGAUGUGCCUGAAGUUCCCCUGGUAGAUCUCAUCCCAAGUGACCCAGAGCCGCUCACCAGAGUUCGGCCAUCAAUGGAUCAGACCCGGUCUCCAGCUCCGAGGGAUGGAUUUGCUCGCAAGAAAUCUACUCGAGAACAUGCACCACCGCCUUCAAGACACUUCCCAGAGACACUAUUACUCAACCUCCACAUCCCAGCCGGUGGCCACGAUGACAACUCGAUGAUACAGAGUCUCAACCCCGAGCAAGACGAGGAGGAGACAUUUUCUCCAACGGGGCUACUGGGGCGCACCUACACCCAAAGACAACACAUAAUGCGCGAGCGACAAGAGAACGAGAAGCGAGCAAACCAGGAAGCCUUCAUUGGCACUGGUCUGCUAGCAGAGAGCCAACCACAUGUACCAAUGAGCACGGCACCAAGUCAAUCUCCAGCUAUGCCUACACGGUCAAAGUCGGUCAGAUCAGUCAAGUCAGUCAAACAGACAACCAAGCCCCUCGUCGACCUGACCCCAGUCUUCCAAGAACCCCCACAACAUAUCCGCAAGGGUCGUGGGGUUACCGUUGAACCCGGCGUACUACUCAUCGACGCUGCGACAGGCCCGGAACUCGCACCAAGCUGCAUGUCAAUUCCCCCAGCCCUUGCAUGGCGACGUCCGUCUGUUCCAGUUACAGAUGUCCCACCCGUUCCACAGAUGCGACACCGUUCUAAUACUGCUCGCAGUGUACGCCACGUUCCGACUGGUACCAAUGUAGUCGGUCCAAGUCCUAGUACACCCGCUAUGCCAUUUUUACCGAACAGUCUUCUUGCGAAUGCUCGAUCCACUAAUGCACAGAGUGAACCUGUGGGCCAUGGUGUUGCAACUGGAGAUCGGAAUGCUACACGUCCGAUGUUGGAUAUGUCUCCUGAGAAUCCCUUUGCAGAGGGGAGUCUCCUUCAUCAGCUCUGA